AACGCCUCAUUGUAACAGCAAACUCAUCUACGGCAGUUACGAUAUUUUGUUACCUACUUUGCAACGCAAGUAGUAUUCUUUACGAUGCGCGAUAUUCCGUUGGCGCAUUUGCCGCUCCGUCCCUCAACGCUACAAACGUUGCAAAAAAGAGGAUUCUACGGUACCCGGGAACUCACGGAAUCCAAACAGUCGGGCAUGGCCAAUUUGGCUGCUGAGCUUGCGUUGAAUUUAUCGCAAACUUCCGCGUUGUAUGCCGAAGUUGAUUCUUGUUUACGGACAACGACGCCGGUUACUAAAACGGCGGCCGCCUUGUUGGAAGAAAAUGUCGAAGGCCAGGGAUGCAUCAUAACCUUUUGCAGGCAUGUUGAUACGCUCUUGGGAGGAGGUAUCGCGAUGGGGGAACUCACAGAAAUUGCAGGUCCGCCAGGCGUCGGCAAAACGCAGUGGGGAAUGCAAUUGGCGGUGGACGCUCGUUUGCCAAACACAUUCGGGGGAGUUGCCGGCGAAACGGUGUACGUCGAUACGGAAGGGUCGUUUUCGCCAGAACGCUGUCACGAUAUGGCGACGAGUUUGGUCCAGCACAUAGAAGCCGGACGUAGGCGGCGACAGGAAAAGGGGCAAAAAUUACAACCCAUGCCAGCCUGGUUUGCUCCCGACACGAUUCUACAAGGAAUCCACGUAUACCGCGUCCACGACGAAGCCGCACAAACCUCCGUGUUGUACUCACUGCCUAAAUUUCUGCAAGACCGACAAGAGGCAGGAACCCCCGUGCGUCUAGUAGUAGUUGACAGCAUGGCAUUUCACCAUCGUGCCGCCCCUCCUAACUCUGAUUUCGUCGGACGCACGCGUUCCCUGACCUCGCAGGCUGCCUUCUUGACCAACCUGGCGGCCCAGAGCGGUAUAGCCGUGGUGGCGAUCAAUCAAAUGACGACGAAAAUGACCACUUCCGAAGCUUCCAAACAAGUCCCGGCAUUGGGAGAGUCUUGGGCUCAUGCCGUCACUACCCGAAUCCUUUUGUCUCGUCCGAUUUCCGACACCAACGGCGUUCGAACCUGUACGUUGGUAAAAUCCCCCCGUUUGGCCUCGGGAAGUGCCGACUACCAGAUUUUGCAAUGCGGAAUACGAGGAGUGGAUGCAGUACACGUUUCGGACGGACCCAAACGACAGCGCACGGU